GAUAAGUUACCAGACCUAUCUAUAUGACCGUGAUUAUCUCAGUGUUUAUAACUUAACUUUCGAGACCCAGUAUGUCAUAGUGCAGGUGUAACGAGUCCUUGGUAAAAUGCAAGUGUUUGGAAGAAAAAUGAGUGGACAGAAUUUUUAAUGCGUAUCAAAAUAGGUCAAUCGUGUUUAUUGUUUGAAUCGGACUGAAAAGCGUAGGUUAUUUUUUUUACUGUUACAAUAAAUUAAAAUAAUUUUAUUGUAAUAAUUUCUGACAUAGAGAAGCCGCUUGAUUGACACGAACAGUUCUCUCAGGCCAAAUAUACAAUGUGGAGAAAUUAAUGUUAGACCAUGUAAUUGGCUCUAACUUAAGUACUACUUUUUUUCGGUUUAGGCCUAUUCUACUUUGUGAAAUAAUGUAAUUUAUAAUUUGUGAAAAUGAGUAAUCGACACCUUAAAGGAAUGAAGGGUGUACGUUUAAGGUUCCGAGAGAGCAGUGUGGAAACUCUACCAGAGCCUUACGGGAAUAAAAAACAGCAAAGAAAAAGUCUUUUGCCUUUGCCAACGUAUUAUUUCCUAACAGCACUCCUGUUUCUGACUUUUGUCGGCGGGAUGGUAGAAGUUCUUUCGAGGAGGCUUCCAAAGCCGUUAAUGAUGGACGAUGUUCCUGGCAACCCUCAUCGGUUCAUCUCUCAGAGGGCGAUGAACCACUUGGCGAAACUUACGAAGCUGGGACCUAGGCCGGCCGGCAGCUACGAAAACGAGGUGCUUGCCGUAAAAGUGAUUUUAAGAGAGAUCAAUAGUAUAAUUGAGCAGGCCAAGUCUAUUCAUAAAAUAACUGUGGAUGUUCAGAAGACAAGUGGUGCCUUCCCUCUGCAUUUCCUGGAUGGGAUGACGAACGUUUACAGGAACGUUCAGAACAUUGUUGUGAAAAUAGGCUCCAGACAGGGAUCUUCACAUAGUUUGUUGAUGAACUGUCACUUCGACACCGUUUCCGACAGUCCAGGUGGGAGUGAUGAUGGGGCUAGUUGUGCGAUCAUGCUGGAAGUUCUACAAGUCAUAAGUCGAAUGGAUGUUCCCCUGAAACACAAUCUCAUUCUUCUUUUCAAUGGGGCCGAAGAAAAUUUAAUGCAGGCCUCGCAUGGUUUCAUCACACAACACAGAUGGGCGAAAGAAGUCCGAGCAUUCAUAAAUCUGGAGGCAUGUGGAGCUGGGGGAAAGGAGAUCCUUUUUCAAGCUGGACCAAACCAUCCUUGGCUGAUGGAGGUACGGAGAUACUUGGUCUAUUCAAAGUCUGUUCCACACCCAUAUGCAUCAUCACUGGCACAAGAAAUCUUUCAAAGUGGAAUGAUACCUGGUGAUACAGACUUCAGAAUAUUCCGUGACUUUGGAAAUGUGUCAGGUCUGGAUUUUGCUUGGUCGUCCAAUGGCUACGUGUACCACACGAGAUAUGAUGAUGUGUACCAGAUCCCGCUAGGCACACUUCAGAGAACAGGCGACAACGUUCUGGCUUUGGUGUUAACCAUGACUUCAGGGCACCAUCUCGCCAACACCCACUUCUACAAGGAGGGAAAUCUUAUAUUUUUUGACUUUCUCGGUCUGGUUGUGAUCAGAUGGUCCGAAUUAGUGGGGUUUCUUGUCAAUUCACUCGGCGUGGGCAUUGCACUGUUCACAGUUCUUCGAAAUAUGAAGCAAGCAUUGCUGACUAAUGACGUGGGCCGCAGACAGUACGCGAAGCAGCUGGGCAAGGCGGUGGGCGUGAUCGUGGCCGCCUGGCUGCUGACCCUGGUGGCCGUGCUGGGACUAGCGCUGCUGCUGCCCGCAGUCGGCUGCGCCAUGAGCUGGUUCACGCGCCCCGUGUGGAUCGUGUUCCUGUAUGCCGUUCCCGGGCUCGUGCUGCCCAUGGCGCUGGUACUGCUGGCCUCGCGUCAUCAGAGAGCGGUAAUUAGUUCACCGUGGACCCUCUUCCAGCUGUACCAUGAUGGCUACCUGUUGAUUUGGAUGUUCCUGCUUGCAGUCAGCAUUGUGUUCAGAAUAAGAAGUGGGUUCAUACCACUCAUAUGGAUUCUUUUCCCAGUGUUUGGGAACCUUGUUCGCAAUGUCUUCUUUCGACAUCGGAAAGACUGGAAAUGGCUGGCCGCCUACGUCGGAGUGCUUGUCCUGCCCUCGAGCCAGUGCCUGUACCUGAUCCUGGCAGCGACGGACCUGUACGUCCCCAUCAUGGGUCGGUCGGGGGCGGGCAACCACGCAGAGGCCGUCGUCGCUUUGCUCUCGACCGUGCAGUUUAUGCUGCUUUUCUGCUACUUGGUGCCGCUGAUCCUGCUGGUCCGGGAACCUCAACGCAUUUUCUUAGUCUUCGGAAGCAUUUUCGCCACGGCCUUGCUGCUUCUGUUUUUCACUCCGCUGGGUUUCCCAUACUCGGGGAGACUUGACUCUCCCACGCCGCAGAGGUUCCUUCUUGCGCACGCGGAACGCACGUACCAUGACUUGUCCGGGCGAGUGCGCAGCAAGCAGACUGGCUAUUGGGUGGUGAACAUGGACCAAAACUCCCCGGACUCUGUGAUGUCACUGGUGCCUGAAAUGUCGAGGGCGGAGUUGGUCCAGAGUUGUAGCACCGAGCUUUUCUGCGGCCUGCCGUACCUCAUGCCUGUGGUUACUUUCAUAUGGAAGACUCACUGGAUUCCUGCUGCACCUCCUGAUAUACCAAUACCUACGAAUUUAUUACUUAUAUCUACGGAAUAUCAUGGCCACAACAUUCGCAGGAUGACGUUUAAUGUAACAGGGCCGGAUCACAUUGGCGUGAUGAUGUCGCCUGUGCCUGGGGCGACGUUGGAGAAGUGGAGUCUCGUGGACGGAGAGCCCCUGCGCAGUGCCAAGUGGAACAACCGUGAAACAUACUUCGUGUAUUACUCGUGCGCGUCCGAUCCUGAACCUUGGAGGUUUUGGAUUGAUCUGAACGUACCUGAUAAAAUGAACUACACGCUGGACAUCGCUGUGACCAGCCACUUCCUGCACGGACCUCACCAAACCUCUGGGGAGUUCCGCCGCUUCAUGUCCAAGUUCCCGUCGUGGACCGUGACGAGCGGCUGGGUGGCCACCUACAAGUCGUGGAAGUUCUGAUGCACCUGUAGUUCCUAGUGGCUCCUUCACAACUUCUUUUGGUUUGCUCAACACAGACCUGUUGCAGUUUUACGAGUAGGGGGUGCGAGUUAUGUGGGUGGAUGUAAAAGAUUCUUCUGUUAGGUCUUUUAUUUUUGAAGUGUAAACGUUAGGUACAGAAGUUAAAGGGAGUCUAUUGUGAUACAAGAGAAUAUAUUUAGAUUAUAUUUGAUUUUAGUGGAAGGUACUGUAAGUAUAUUUGUUAUUUUAUCUUUCUUUUUUUUUUUUUAAAGAAAAAUGUUUUGUUACCGGAAAUCAUGGAAUACUUAAUGCAGUUGUAGUAUGAGUGAAGUUCGUUAGCUGUCAUGAAUUUGUUAUUAAAGAGUUUUGUAGGUAAUGGUAUUGUUUAGUGCUCAAAACAAGACUUUUGAUAAUUUAGUUUAUAAUUUUUACUUCAUGUUUAUAAUGUUUACUUCAUAAUUUUCUUUUGUUAAGUUUUAUCGUUAUAUUUAAUGGAUCUAAUAUAGUAUAAUUAUAAUAAAGUGCUCUAGUAUAAUUAAAGUUUAUCUGUAGUGCUAUCAACUUGGAAAUGUUAACAACGUAGCAUACAAAUAAAAUGAGUUUUGGCAGUGUAAUAAAAGUAGAAAAUGAUCAACUCUCUUUUGAAUGCACAAACUACAGUGAAAUUUAUUUCUGUAUAAUGCAUGUUACCUUUAAGCUGUAUGCAAAGUUAAACUGGUUUGUUAAAAACUAUAAAGAACUAAAGUUUAAGAAUUUUUUUUUUUGUUGAUAGUCCUUGAAAUAAUUGUGUAUAGCAUGACAACUGAAGUAGUAUUUAAGUGUUAAAAGACAGGGUGAGAAUGUUUCAUAUUGUGUGAUUUGAUUUACAUACCUUCUUGUAGGUAUGUAUUAUCAUUUCACAUUUUAGUUUAGCUAACUUGAGAAGAGUCUGUAUGUAUAAAGCCAGCUGGAAUCAGAUGAAGCACUAAUAGCCAGUUGCACUAUUAAGAGUUCAAGCAUAAUGUUGUUCCAUAAACUGGUUUGAUUGUUGUUGGACCACAUUUUCUGUCACUCCAUAGUAUUUUGAGCUAAGUUCAUUUGAAACUUUGGAUAAAACAAUUGAAUAGGCUGUUCAUAGUAUUGAUCUCGGAUCGACAUAGCACGAGCAGGCAUGUUCGUAGUCUAUUAUUAUCAGAGAUAAAUUAUAUUAGAGAAUGAUUUACAAAAAUUCUAAUUGUCUAAAAAAAAUUUUCCCAGUGUUACAAGCAUUUUAAAGUACCUAGAUAUUGUGUGUUUAAAAUGCCUAUUAUUUAAGUUAUACUGCCUAAAUAAUGUUUUUUUUUAUUUUGUCAAUUAAUUUUCAUGUUAAAUAGAAACUUUGUUCAACAAACAUAUUUCUGAUAUGUAUUUUUCAGUCAUUAAAAAUUAGCAGAGACGAGGCAGUGGCCAAAUUGGCGGCUUGUGGCAACCUCGUCGAUAAAUUUCUUGGCACUACACAAUAAAUUGUAGCAAUUUUAAAUGUUUCCAGCCCACAAAUAAAAAUACUCCUAGUUUUUCUUCUACACUGUGGUCACCAGUUGCUGCAGAUUGAAUAUGUAUGAUAUCUGUUAACUAGUGCAAAGAUUGUGUGGCCCCAGUAUGCAUUGGCAUGUCAUAGUGGGCUAAUUCUUGGGCUAAGAUAGGUAAUUGGAUACGUAUUUGGAUCAAAGAGUAGAAUGGUGCAGCUGGCCACAAUUGGUGCAACUAUACUGUUAUAGUUACGAGAAACUAUGUUGUCAUGUAAAAUAAUACUUUAAUUAGUUUAGUUGGCCUACUUUGAAAAAUAUAUAUAUUUGUUUUUUUAUAAAAUUAUCAAUAUUCCUAGUUUGUGUCAUUUCCACGUGAAAUGAAAAUAUGCUGACCAACAAUGUGGCCAUUCAACGUGACGAACAAAUUGUGUUUGUUCCUCCAUUUUAGAGGAAAUGUUCACAGUGCAGAGUCAAGUGCAUGUUUUUGACAGGGCUGUGGUCCUUUUAUUUUGGAUUAUAGCCAUCAAACAUGAUGUGAUCUGUAAUAGGACCAAAUGAGUGAGUUUGAAUGUAGUGUGAAACCUGUGUGCAAAUUAAUGAGCUCUUAAUUUUCAAAACUAAUAUUUAAUUUAGUUAAUGCUGGUGAUUUUUGCUAGUCAUGAAUAAAUUUUAGAUACAAAUACAUUGUUGCCACAUAUACUUGGAUUUUUUUUCACUACCUGAGUUUGACUAUUUUCUUUGAACGAAGAAGAUAAGUUUAGUCUGUUUCAUGUUCAUUUCUUUCCCAUUGUAAUCAAGUGUUUAAAACAUUUUGAAAUUAAAGGGAAAAUAUGAAACUUUUUUUUCCCCUUUGUGUGAUUACUUGUUCAUUUUUUUUUUUUUUUUUUUUUAAUUUUUAAACCAUGAUUUAAAUAUUUACUUUAAUCAACAGUAUCUGUAGUACCUAUUAAAUGGUGCUAGUUUGGCUCUUUUGAAAAAUAAUAAUUUAUCAUAGGAAAAACAAGAAAUAUCCUACCAGGUAACUGAUAUGAAUUGCACAAUGGAUAGAAACAUAUCACGAGUGCAUGUUCUCAGGUGCUGGUAUUUAUAGACAGAGAGAAAACGGUUAUAAAAAUAUUUGGACCAGCUUCCCUCUUUUAAGUAUGUAUUGCAAUAGGUGUCAAGUUCCGUGUGAGAAUUAGCCGGUCAGCCUUCAGUUCAACUGAUGAAGCCAUAGUUGAUGGAGUGGUCAGAUCACGUCUCCCCACCAAGGCGGGGUCGAACCGGGAAUUUUUCGCUAGUGAGGAAUGAGUUGGAUUUGCAGUAGGCUGGUGAGUUUUCUCUGUUUAUUUCCUUCUGUUUCCCCCACCCAUUCAUUCCAUCGAUGCUACAUUCUCUUCUCUGUAAUCUUGACACUGAUGAUGAGGUGUUGAGCCCUAGUGCAAUCAUUUUAUUUCAUCUCAUCUCUAGGGACAAGAUUGUUUGGUGAAUUGCGAUAAAACCAAAUGUAACACUGAAAAGCGUGUUGAUGCACCAUACAACACCAAAAUGAAAGUUAAUACACUGUAUAGCUCUGAAAUGCAACUACUGUCAUGAAAGUAAGUUAUGAGUUAAUAUAGCAUUUUUCAUCACAUCACAAAAAUAUAAUAAUAAAAAUAUAAAAUUCAAUGAAUCCAAUGUAUUUAGCAUGAAGUUUUUAGUUUACAAGAAUGUAUGUACUAAGUAAAUUGGAAAAAUUUAUUUUAUUCUAUUUUGAUCUUAAAAUUUACUCAUUUUUACAUUAUGAUGUUUAUACAUUGUUCAAACAAGUGCUUGUUGAUUUAUUUUUAAUAUUUUUUUUUUUAUAUGUCAAAAUUACACUGUUUUAGUUAAAUAAGUAUCAGAAAACAUUUGUGUAUCUUGUGUUCAAUAAUAUGCCAUCUCUAUGAAUAAUAAAACUGAAAUCUAUUUUAAAAACAAAAUUGGCAUACAAGUAAAACCAUAAAAUCUUGUCUUUGCUCAUGACCAGUAGCAAUACCAGAUACUGUCUGGACUGUAAUGCAGCAUGACUUUCAUGUAAUAAAAAAAAGUAUGAAAUAUGCCCAACAUCUUGGCUUCUACCCUUGAGUUUUUCUUUGCUCUCGGCUUCUAGAUUAACGAGCCAUUACUGGUAUCAUGUUUUAUUUUUUCCUUAUUUUAAUUUUUAAAAGGAAUUUUAUGUUACUGGUUUCAUUUUCAUUAAUUGUUGCUUAAUAUUGCACCAACAUCAUGUAUAAACAUGCAAGAUGAGUAAAACAUUUGCUAAUGCUUUGACUGCAAUGCAUGUUGAGUUGUUGGAAUAAAAUAAUUUUUGAUAUGAAUGUGCAAGACAUCUACUCCAAAAUGAAGUAAUCAAUCUGCAUGCAUUUGUUAUUCCAAUUGGUUAUAUUAAAAUAAGUUAGAGGUGUGCCAUGUUCAAUCACAUAUCAGGAAAUAAUAAAUUUUCGCAAUCCACUUGUGAAAUACAAAUGCAAGAUAAAGUGAAUUUGGGAUCAUUGAUUUGAGUAAAUUUAGGUGUUAUUUUGGUUUUACGGUAAUCAACCAUAAAAUCUUGUUCUGUAAAUUUUUUUAGAAACUAUUAAAACAAUGAAAUUCUAAAAUUGUAUUAAUAGUAGACAAAAAAAACAAAUAUAAAUACAAGCAAAAUAAUUUAAGAAACUAAAAUAUCAGUUAUUUAAUGAGAAUUAAUUAAAUUUAAUUGAGAAUGGUGUGACCACAAGUAUUGCCACAGUGUUUGUAAGCCAUAGCUCACCUGGGGUUUUCAUGAUGGUGAUUCUGUGAUGGUUCCCUAUUGCCUCCACUGCAUGGGGGUGAAGGGAACAACAUACCGCCCAGUCUUGGGCCCAGGAAGGGAAUUUUUCACAAGUAUAAAAUCCUCGACCUGGCCCAUCAUCCUACCUGGGAUGAUUGGCUCGCCGGCCAGAAGCUUUAACCAUUGAGUUCACAGGUCGGAUGUCAUUAGAAAGGGGCAGGCAUUUAUCUCGAAAACAUCUGAACGCCCAUUAGACUGCAGUUUCUUUCUUGUAAUUUGCAGCCUUCUGCACUGAAUAAUGGUGACUGGUGUGCUGGUAGUAGACAUGUACCUGAAAGAAGCGCUACCAAUCACGAAUAACAGACGAGGCUACAGCCUGAGUUUCUCAAAAUUCUUCGCAAAAAAUACAUGCUCCUACCAAUAAAAUAAAAACCUUCGAUUUGCUAUUGUAUCGUGCUACUGAGGAAACUGGUUGAACCUAACAAACAUCACUAGGGUGUAUCCACAAAAAUUUUUGCUUUCUUACUGUAAGUACCAGCCUGCAAGUACUUGUGUUCAUAUCAAACUUUUAAUUCAUUUAUUAUUUUUCAUUUAUACUCAAGGGUAAGGUUAUAUCUACUUAUCAAUAGGAAGUUGAUAAUAUUUCUUAUGGACGAGUUCGGCUCGUGGAAAGUUUUAGCUGGUGGGUGCACCUGUGAUCCGUCUGUGUGACUUGUUUGCUGUACGUUAAUGUGAGAAUCGUGAUUCAUGGUAAAUUGCUGCUCUAAGAAAAAAAAUGGUAAUUUUUAUUAUGUAUAUAAAGUACGGCCAUACUGGUUUUUGUGAUUGUGGGCUUUAAAUAAUAACUAGUGUUGUGAUAUCCAUCAUUGAGGAGCUAACUGGCUAUUGAAUUGCCAUUUUAGCCCCUUAAUUUAUCAAUUGUGUGACCAAGUUAGGUCCCAAAAAUGUUUUAUCCACUUAACUUAUAGUAUCUUUUACAUAAAAAAUUGAAAAUUUAUUUCUUUAAGUUUGUAAAUGCUGCCAAGCAAAGUUCAGUAAAUUUUGUGUACAAUAAACAUGGUAUUUUUUUUUUUGUUUAAUUUAAUUAACAUCCAAUAUAUAUAUAUAUAUUCAUUUUGGUUUAUUUCAUGUGAAAAUAUUUAACUUUUUUAUCAUAUGAAUAACUAAUUGUUACAAAUUUAUAUUCUUUAAGAGUUUUACUGUUGAGACUGUUACCAUCUUGAAAAUCGCCACUGAAAAUAAUCUUAUAAGUAUAUCGCUAAAAUAUAUUGGGAAAAGAAAAAUUGGUUAAAGAUUUUCCAUCAUAAUGCAAUGUGGCCAUUAAAUUUUUUUUAUUUAAAUUUUAUAAAAUUAAUAUUUUUCCAACAAUUAUCAUAUUCUUGCAUUUUCAUUCGGUAAUAAACACGACAUUACAUUAUGUUACACAGUAUAACCAAAGAUUCUGUCCUCGAAGCGACGAUGAAAGGACUCACGUUUGCCUCGUGGGCUCACACUGAUGACUCCGGCCAAUGGAUUCUAAAUAAAUGUUCCAAAACAUUUCCUAGUUGGCGGUGCCCAGAUCACAGCCAUGAAAUUAAUUUCUCAAAACAACAUUAAUUAUUUGAGCCAUCUCCCAACUGCGAUCUUUCGAUACCGCGACCACAAGUACCAACAGAUGAUUUCGCUAUCUCUAUCCACGAAGGGGAGAGGUGGUCACAUGUUGUAAACACAUAAUCACAAAAAAAAUUUUUUUAAAUAUCAGCCAAUCAUGGCACACAUUUUAUAGUACGUAAAAACCAUUUACACACGCAUAAUAUGGGACUUUUCCUUCUCUGUCCUUUAUAAUGUCAACUUCACAAUGUUAACUGUCCGAGUUCCCAUGCUCGGCAGGGAACAUACCCGUUCCUGUCUCUUUCUCACAACCUCUCUCUGUGGCACAACACUUGCACAAUACAAAUGAUGACAACACUAUCUUAUAGACUACAAUAGAAAAUACUUGGAAAUUACUACCUGGUACUUCUUAAGCUACAACAUGCUGAAAUUAGUAAAAAUUACUUUUAAGGUUUUUCAUCUAAAUAUAUAAAUGAGUUAUCAAAAAUACUUUAAUGUAAACUAUGAUAAUUUAAACCUAUUGCUGACACACACACACACACACACACACACACACCUUCAAAAAGGAUAAACAGCUGUUAUUCACUUAAGACUUAACACUAUGUAACAACGAAGACUUAUUUCUGAUUAUAGAAACAUAUUAACUUUUUAAUAAAUUUUUUUAAUAAGUUUGGAGGGUUAAGAACUUAUGAUGCUACAACCUUAAGUAUGAUAAACAUCCGAAAAAAUACAAAAGUAUCUUAAAAUGUAUACAUAAUAUACCUAUGCUAAUUUAUUUACUUAAAAUCAUUACUCUCCACUUUUAUAAACACAUUAUUAGAAAUAUGAACAACUAAAAUAAAGAGUGUAGGAACCCCACAGACUCUUCAAUACGAUGAUAUACAAUAUUCCGUCAGCUCUUAAAUGAAAAUAGUUUCACCUGCUAUGUAGCAGUACAGAAUAAAACAAAGCAUUACCAAAAGGUUGAAAUAAAAAUGUUUAAUUUUGUAGAAAGAGACAAAUAUUAUAAUAUAGGACAUAUUGGAGCUUCGUAAAGAAUAAAUUGCUGCACAAUAUCUGGCACAGUUCUUGUAAUAUGAUAGUUCCUCACAGAAAAUGUUACCCAGCAGUCAAAAAGAAAAUAGUUCAAGUAAACAAAAAAUUUGAGGCUUAAAAGUUUAUUUUACAGUCAUGGCACAAAUUCACAAAAAUAUUUGAGGGUGUAAGUGUAACGGGAAAAAAAAUAUUCUGGUUUAUAAGUUGAGAGAUUAAUAUUUUGGGUCUCCAGAUUAUCAAGUUAGCAUGCAGCCCUGAUAAUAGGAGCAUGAAUUAACACUCCAUAACAACCAAAACCUAAAUAUUUAACUUGGUACUGUUUUUAACACGGCUUAAAACAUUAAUGAAGAGUUAAGAACUUGCAUUGAAAAUUUUCAUUGAGAUUUAAUCAGGCCAUUAUUACAGUGAAUAAUUUACAGUAAAGGCACUAAAAUGAAACUAUCUUAUAUUUUUAAAGAUUAGAAUGACUAUAUAUGAUAGUUAUCAAUCUGGGUUAGAAAUAACCUUACCAUGGAAAGUAGCACCUGCAAUUACUAUCACACACAGCUGUAUUACUGCAAUCUGCAGCAAGGUGGAAAGCAUAUCUCAUGAAGGGAUUACCGUAAUUUUAAUUUUUAUAGAGCAGACUAUAUUUUUGGCAUUUAAAAUGUGGAUGGCAUGUGAUGGUUAAAGUUUUGGUUGUUCCUCCCUCCCCCCCCCCCCAUAUGUAUUGUACUGAUAAUAUCCUACCACACUUCAUUUUGUUGACUCUCCAUUAUUUGGGGAGCUGUAGAUUUGUACAGUGUUAGUUUAUAUAAUAUAAUAUAGAAAAAGCAAAUUUUCUGCAAAUGAUAGCUUACAAUUUCAGUGUUUUUGGCUAUUGUAUAGAUGAAAAAGGUAGCUUAGUUAUAGGAAACUGUGUAUUAUAGAUUCCAACAUUACCAGCAUGAAGUUUUGGUGAUAUAUUAAAAUGAUAUUGCUUUGUAAUUGAUGAAUCUUUAUCUUAACUUUUUCUUGGAAGCCUGCAAUUGCCAUUGGUUCCAUUUGGCAGAUAAAUCCAGUGAAUUGCAGGACCUUACCGACAUGUGAAUCAAUGUUGAUUUUGACACCCAAUGCAAACUUCUGUAAGUUCUAAAUAGGUUGCCCGUGAAUUAGUAUUUCUUUUGUAACUUGUGUGCCAUUGGUUAAAAGCCAGCAAAGGCAUCAGACUAGAGUUUUGAGUUUGUCUUGCAAUUAAGAUCAGUUUACUAAAUUUUCUGUCUCCAGAGCAGUAAUAUACCUUUGCAGCUGUAAUUGUUAGUAUAGCUUUUUUAUUUGUGCAAUUACUUCUGUAAAUGCAGUGUUGUAAUCCCAGUAAUAAAUU